ACGCGGCGACGCGCACGCAGGCCUCGCCUCUCCCGGGCCUUCUCCCUCACGCCGGCCGCGGGGCGGGCGCGCACGCCGAGUGACGCUCGGAGGAGGAAGCACAGUCCCGGUUCCCCUCCCUCGCCGCCCCUGGCCCAGCGGGAGCCCCCCAGUGCGCCUGUGCGGAGGCCUACUUGAUUAUGUGUGCCCUCUCCGGGCUCCAGCGUUAGCCGCCGGGUGGAGGUGGGGAGGGAAGAAGACGAGGAGGAGGAGGCGGAGGAGGCGGAGGAGGCGGUGGAGGGGAGGUGGGGGGAGUCAGCAAGGACAUGGCUCCUGACUCCUGUGCGGAACGUGAGUGACUGAGCGGCAAAGCCCGAAUGGUCUCUAGCGACCGGCCCGUGUCACUGGAGGACGAGGUCUCCCAUAGUAUGAAGGAGAUGAUUGGAGGCUGUUGCGUUUGCUCAGACGAGAGAGGCUGGGCCGAGAACCCGCUGGUUUAUUGCGACGGGCACGGCUGCAGCGUCGCGGUGCAUCAAGCUUGCUAUGGCAUUGUUCAAGUACCCACUGGACCAUGGUUUUGCAGGAAAUGUGAAUCUCAGGAGAGAGCAGCCAGAGUGAGAUGUGAACUGUGUCCUCAUAAGGAUGGAGCUUUAAAAAGAACAGAUAAUGGGGGUUGGGCUCAUGUGGUUUGUGCCCUUUAUAUUCCAGAGGUACAAUUUGCCAAUGUUUCUACAAUGGAACCAAUCGUUUUACAGUCUGUUCCACAUGAUCGUUAUAAUAAGACUUGCUACAUUUGUGAUGAACAAGGAAGAGAAAGCAAAGCAGCCACUGGUGCUUGCAUGACAUGUAAUAAACACGGAUGUAGACAGGCUUUCCAUGUGACAUGUGCUCAGUUUGCUGGACUACUUUGUGAAGAAGAAGGGAAUGGUGCAGAUAAUGUCCAAUACUGUGGCUACUGUAAAUACCAUUUUAGUAAGCUGAAAAAGAGCAAACGGGGAUCUAAUAGGUCAUAUGAUCAAAGUUUAAGUGAUUCUUCCUCUCACUCUCAGGAUAAGCAUCAUGAGAAAGAGAAAAAAGUAUUUGGUAAAAAUUGCCUCACUGCCUCUGAGAGACACCGUGACAGUCCACACAGAGCAAAAAGACAGCUACAGUCACUUACCAGUCAGACUCUACUGAUAACUUCCUACCUAGGACUUGCUGAUCACUUCAACUUGGUGGCUCAAAUAGACACUUCUAAAUAUAAAGAAAAGGACAAACACAAGCAAAAACACAAGAAGCAACCAGAGCCAUCACCUGCAUUGGUUCCUUCCUUGACUGUUACUACAGAAAAAACUUACACGAGCACUAGCAGCAACUCUAUAUCUGGAUCAUUGAAGCGCUUGGAAGAUACUGCAGCACGAUUUACAAAUGCAAAUUUCCAGGAAGUUUCUGCCCAUACAACUAGUGGAAAAGAUGUUUCAGAGGCUAGAGGGUCAGAGGGCAAAGGGAAGAAAUCUUCAACUCACAGCUCAGGUCAAAGGGGAAGAAAGCCUGGUGGAAGAAAUCCAGGAACGACUGUGUCAGCAGCUAGUCCUUUCCAGCAAGGUAGUUUUUCAGGAACUCCAGGCAGUGUAAAAUCAUCUUCGGGAAGUUCAGUUCAGUCUCCCCAGGAUUUCUUGAGCUUUACAGACUCAGAUCUACGUAAUGACAGUUAUAUUCACUCCCAACAGUCAUCAUCAACCAAAGAUGUACAUAAAGGAGAGUCUGGAAGCCAGGAAGGGGGGGUAAAUAGUUUUAGUUCCAUAAUUGGUCUCCCUUCGACCUCAGCUGUUAUUUCACAGCCUAAAAACUUUGAAAACUCACCUGGAGAUUUGGGUAAUUCCAGCCUUCCUACAGCAGGAUAUAAGCGGGCUCAAACAUCUGGCAUAGAAGAAGACACUGUAAAGGAAAAGAAAAGAAAAGGAAAUAAACAAAGUAAGCAUGGGCCUGGUAGACCCAAAGGAAACAAAAAUCAAGAAAAUGUUUCUCAUCUCUCAGUUUCUUCUGCUUCACCAACAUCAUCUGUAGCAUCAGCUGCAGGAAGUAUAACAAGCUCUAGUCUUCAAAAAUCUCCUACAUUGCUCAGGAAUGGAAGUUUACAAAGUCUUAGUGUUGGCUCAUCUCCAGUUGGUUCAGAAAUUUCCAUGCAGUAUCGGCAUGAUGGAGCUUGUCCAACAACUACUUUCUCAGAGUUGCUGAAUGCAAUACACAAUGGUAUUUAUAACAGCAAUGAUGUAGCAGUAUCAUUUCCAAAUGUAGUAUCUGGCUCAGGAUCUAGUACUCCUGUCUCCAGUUCUCAUUUACCUCAGCAGUCUUCUGGGCAUUUGCAACAAGUGGGAGCUCUGUCCCCAUCAGUGGCAUCAUCUGCAACCCCUGCUGUUGCUACAACUCAGGCAAAUACCCUAUCUGGAUCUUCUCUCAGUCAGGCACCGUCUCAUAUGUAUGGCAAUAGAUUAAAUCCAAAUUCUUCAAUGGCAGCUCUUAUAGCUCAAUCUGAAAACACUCAAACAGAUCAGGAUCUUGGAGACAAUAGCCGCAGCCUUGUUGGCAGAGGAAGCUCACCCCGAGGAAGUCUCUCACCACGAUCCCCUGUAAGCAGUUUACAGAUUCGCUAUGAUCCACCAGGCAACAGCAGUUUGGAAAAUCUGCCUCCAGUAGCGGCCAGCAUAGAACAGCUUUUGGAGAGGCAGUGGAGUGAAGGACAGCAAUUUUUAUUAGAACAGGGUACUCCUAGUGACAUUUUAGGAAUGCUGAAAUCAUUACACCAACUUCAAGUUGAAAAUCGAAGAUUAGAGGAACAAAUUAAAAAUUUAACUGCCAAAAAAGAACGCCUUCAGUUAUUGAAUGCACAGCUCUCAGUGCCUUUUCCAGCAAUAACAACGAAUCCUAGUCCAUCUCAUCAACUUCAUGCAUUUUCAGCACAGAAUGCUCCUACUACUGAUUCCUUGAACAGCAGUAAGAGCCCUCAUCUAGGAAACAGCUUUUUACCUGAUAAUUCUCUUCCUGUAUUAAAUCAGGACUUAACCUCCAGUGGACAAAGCACCAGCAGCUCAUCAGCUCUUUCUACUCCACCUCCUGCUGGGCAGAGUCCAGCUCAGCAGGGCUCAGGCGUUAGUGGAGUUCAGCAGGUCAAUGGUGUGACGGUGGGGGCGCUGGCUAGUGGAAUGCAGACUGUAACAUCCACCAUUCCUGCAGUGCCUGGAGUGGGUGGGAUAAUUGGAGCUUUGCCAAGUAACCAACUGGCAAUUAAUGGCAUUGUAGGAGCUUUAAAUGGAGUUAUUCAGACCCCUGUCACAAUAUCCCAGAACCCUGCCCCCCUCACCCACACAACUGUACCACCUAAUGCAACUCAUCCAAUGCCAGCUACACUGACUAACAGUGCCUCAGGACUAGGAUUACUUUCUGACCAGCAAAGACAAAUAUUUCUUCAUCAACAACAAUUUCAGCAGUUGUUAAAUUCUCAACAGCUCACACCAGAGCAACAUCAGGCCCUUCUGUAUCAGUUAAUGCAACAACAUCACCACCAGCAACACCACCAACCUGAACUACAGCAGCUACAGAUCUCUGGACCAACACAAAUACCGAUAAACAACCUACUUGCAGGUAGUCAGGCACCAUCACUUCACCCAGCUACCACCAACCCAUUUCUUACCAUCCAUGGCGAUAAUGCAAGUCAGAAAGGAACAAGACUUAGUGAUAAAACCGGGCCUGUCGCGCAAGAGAAAAGUUGACGGUUGAGAAACAUCUAGAAAUCGCCUACCCUGCUGUUCCAGCACUUCAUUUGGCUGCUGUCGCAGUCCUCUUACCCCUAUGAAGAAACGCAGCAAGAAACUAACCGCACAACUAAGGAUUAAAUGCCACAAGGACAUUCUUUUAAGGCUUUGAUUGAUUUUCUUGUUGCUUUGUUGCACUGAAAUGGAAUUCCCAUAUCCCCCACCCCUCAUUCAGAUUUUUUGAACUUUGAAAGAAAAUUUAAUGACUAACUUUUGUCAGUGAAAUAAAUUACAUGCAAUGAGUUUAUCAACCUAUGAGAAUUUUAAUAUAGUUGGUGCACAACUAAUUUUGUUACAAAUUGGAGAGAUGAAUAGCAAAACUGAAGACUUAUUCCAUUUAUAAACUAUUUGAUUUCAUUGUACGAGUUGGAAUAUGAAAAUAUAUUUUGUUUGGGUUACAGCGUGUUUGCUCUGUGAGUCAAAACUUAAAUUUCAAGGAACUGUCCAAUUUCUUCUGGAGAUUUUUCGUUAUUGCAAAUAAAUAGAUCAUCAACUGGGACUUGGCAAUCUUUGUUAUAAAAAUUUCCUUUUUAAUGGCCAAUUUUGGUAAUCAAGUUAGGAUGGUAAUGUCUGCUUCUGCUAAAGAUAAUUUUCUUUUGCUAAAUGCUUUUUCUUUACUGUUAAGACCUACUCAUAUUUCAAAGAAACUUUGAGUUAAGUGAGUUCUAAGGCUGCUGGGGGAACCAGAUCAAUUCAAAGUGAAAGACUUCUUUCAGAAAGAGGGGCCACUCUGGAAGCUGAUGAUAGGGUUUGGCCUGAAUCAAGUGCCUGUUAGUACCUCCAUGGUGUUGAAAUGGCUCUAGACAGCUGAGCUUGCACUAUGCUAUAGUCAGUCCUUGUAGUAGUAGGAACAGUCAGUGUUGCACCAGCAGCCUUCCCCAUGGUUCUGCCUUUAUUAAAAACUCUAUGCCACCGUAGAUAGCUCAGGCAAAAAACUAUUACCUGGGUAUUUAUCCACUAAUGAGUCACAAGAAAAAUGAGUGGAUUUGGUAAGAAUUUUUGUUUUUUAAUUUAAAUAACUUCCCAUUUCUGACAAUUUCAAAUGAACAAAACAAGACAAGCAACCCACCACUACAGUUCCUGAAACAGGUGAAAUCUGUAUUACAGCCUUUCUACUUUGGGUAGCGACACUUCUGGUGUGACAGCAUGGCAGUGUAUAAAUUAAACAAUUGGGGACACAAUCAUUGAACUGUUCUUAAAUGUGUGAAUUAUUAGUGGAAAAGACCCAGCUGUAAUUAGACCUCCACUGUGUACUUAGCUGGAAGAACAUGUUAAUUCUGCAAUAUGUCUCUUGGUUAAACAUUGCACAGUUCUUACCUCAUUUCUGUAAAUAAAGUUUUGUGAAUCUGUUUUGUAUUGUGAAAAAUUCAUAAGAUAACAUUGCUAUUUUGAUUUGUAAUAUUUCUAAUUGGUAGAUUUAAUUGAAAAGUAAAAUUAAUUUAUUUUUAUAUGUUCAGGGGAAUUUUAAAGUCAAAUCUUUUGUAGAUAAUUUAAAAAAUCGGUGUGGUUUAUUUUACUUAUUUAACCCACUGGUUGUUAUUCUGUAACAAUUUGUAUAAAUGGUAAAUUUUGAAUGUGUUGUUAUUUUACCUAGAUGUAAAAUUCCACAUGUAUUAAAGAAAAUGUACAAAGUUUUUGUUAAUAAAAUUUAAUAAUGUU